AUGUCGUCUAACAACGAAGUACUCGGAGAAUUAAUCAAAGCCAAAGAAAAUAUUAAACGCAAGUAUACUGCAUUAAAACACGGAAAAGCUGAUAUUCAUUCAAUAGUAACAGAAACAUUAAAACCAAUUAUCAAUCCAUUAAACGAGAUUCAAAAGUCGACAUCGCAACCUCAGGAGAUAACUGUUCAAAAUAUCGAAAAAAAUAAUACAGAAAAUUCCAGAGUUUUUAAAAUAAACGAGUUGUUUGAUUCGUACAGCAUAGACAAAACAUAUGGUCCAAAAUUGCAAUCAAACGGAGACGCAUAUUUGGGUAAAAAAGAAAUUAAACUUAACGGAAAUACAUUAAUUAUUGAAGAUACAUCAUACCCGUUGACACAAGGACUUGUUAGUUUAAUAAUUUCGAAAACUCCGAAAAUCUAUACCGCAGACGAUCUAAACACAUAUAAACGCAUAUUAAUCCAAACAUCGGCACAUUUGACAUCAGACGAGAAAAAAAUUAAAAAAGGUGGAAAUAAAUUCAUCGACAUAAUCAAACCAUUGUUCCCGUCUGGUAGUGGGUUAUCUGUGAAAUUACAAAAUAAAAGUUUAGUAUACUGGAAUGAUCCUAAUGAGUUAGUCGAACGUUUACGACUACUUUUAGCUUCUCAAGCUGCUGGUAAUACAGGGCUUUCCAACGAAAUACUUUCAAUUUACGAAGAAUUGUAUGAAGCGGGUUUGAUAAAACGAAUUCCAAAUGUCUAA